CGGGGUAUCCGUGCGUCUCCUGGUGGCUGACGUCACGGCGCGGGCGUCAGCUGACUGUUCUGCUGCCGCCGCCGCUGCUGCUGCAGCUGAGACCCGGCUGGGCUGCUGUCGCUGUCGCCGCCGCCGCCGCUACCAUGGCUCAAUACAAGGGCGCCGCGAGCGAGGCCGGCCGCGCCAUGCACCUGAUGAAGAAGCGGGAGAAGCAGCGCGAGCAGAUGGAGCAGAUGAAGCAGCGCAUCGCGGAGGAAAACAUCAUGAAAUCCAACAUUGACAAGAAGUUCUCUGCGCACUACGACGCGGUAGAGGCAGAGCUCAAGUCCAGCACCGUGGGUCUUGUGACCCUGAAUGACAUGAAGGCCAAGCAGGAGGCUCUGGUGAAGGAGCGGGAGAAGCAGCUGGCCAAGAAGGAGCAGUCCAAGGAGCUGCAGAUGAAGCUGGAGAAGCUUCGAGAGAAGGAGCGUAAGAAGGAAGCCAAGCGGAAGAUCUCCAGCCUGUCCUUCACCCUGGAGGAGGAAGAAGAGGGAGGCGAGGAAGAAGAGGAGGUGGCUAUGUAUGAGGAGGAGAUGGAAAGGGAAGAGAUCACCACGAAGAAGAGAAAACUGGGGAAGAAUCCAGACGUGGACACAAGCUUCUUGCCUGAUCGAGACCGUGAGGAGGAGGAGAAUCGGCUUCGGGAAGAGCUGCGCCAGGAGUGGGAAGCCAAGCAGGAGAAGAUCAAGAGCGAGGAGAUCGAGAUCACCUUCAGCUACUGGGAUGGCUCUGGGCACCGGCGGACAGUCAAGAUGAGAAAGGGCAACACCAUGCAGCAGUUCCUGCAGAAGGCGCUCGAGAUUCUUCGGAAAGACUUCAGUGAGCUGAGGUCCGCAGGGGUGGAGCAGCUCAUGUACAUCAAGGAGGACUUGAUCAUCCCGCAUGUGAGUCCCUUCAUUCCCAGGACCCGCAGUGUGUGCUGCGCCCUGGGCUUUGGCUCAGGCUGGUGGGGGUGGUGUGUGCAGGCGGGGGGUGGGGGGAGGGGCCGAGAUGGGCCAUCAAGGCGCCACUUUCCUGCCCUUGGCUCCCAGCAUCACAGCUUCUACGACUUCAUCGUCACCAAGGCACGGGGGAAGAGUGGGCCACUCUUCAACUUUGAUGUUCAUGACGAUGUGCGGUUGCUCAGUGACGCCACUGUGGAGAAGGAUGAGUCACAUGCAGGCAAGGUGGUGCUGAGGAGCUGGUACGAGAAGAACAAGCACAUCUUCCCUGCCAGCCGCUGGGAACCCUACGACCCUGAAAAGAAGUGGGACAAGUACACGAUCCGCUGAGCGUCUGGGAAGCUGCACAGCCUUGGCUCCUCAGCUCCCUCAGCAUGCCCCGUGGUGUCCCCGGGACUCCAGGCACCUGCUCCCCUGCGACCAUGCCAGGCACGCUGGGAGGAGGAUGGCAGCUUCUCGUGUCCUGCCCCCGGCACGUCAGUGACUGCUUUAUUCUUUUCCAAUAAAGAAGUGCACAUGUCACAGCUGGAGCGCCUGCAGUGUGAGAAACCAUUUGUGUUCGGACCAAAUUCAUUUGUCGUUUUGACCAAUUAAAACUGUACAAUUCGGUGGCAUUUA